AUGUCUGCAGAUAACAAAAAAAUAUUUGUCACUUCUCAGCCAUACAUCGGCUAGGUUUCAAUGCUCUUUUAUGUUCCAGAAUGUGAGGAGAAGGAGAUCUUGGCAUCUCUGAUUGAAAAGCAUGGAGGUAGAUGUUCAAACAUUCACGAUUGCAGUACCUACCAAAUCAGGCCAAUUAACUGUGAAGUUUCUCACAAAGAGUAUUUCUAAGGGGAAAUUUAUAGCGCAAUUUGGCUUACUGAAAGUAUAAAGUCAGGAUAGUUAGAGGAUGAGACAACUCAUUUAUUCGCAGUAAACUCUGAAAAUGAACUUAAGAUUAAGAGACUCGAACUACACAAAUCUUAAAACUAUACUAUCACUGAAGCAAUCAAAAUAUAUGAGAUUGCAUCAAGCAAAGAAAAUAAGCACAGAAGUUAAAGUGCAGCGUUUUGGAAAGAGGUAUCAGAGAAAGGCAUAAUUCCAGGUAGGACUGGAGAAUCAAUGAGAAACUUCCUCAAAAAAUCAUUAAAGCUAGGCCUAGAGGCUUAUCUUAAGGGAGUAAUCGCUGAUAGUGCUAAAUAUUCUCACUUUUUCUUUGAAAUUCCUAAACCUUCAAACAAAUCAAGCGAUAUUACCAGACAAGAAAGAGAAUAUCUUAGAAUGGCUCCUCCAAAGCACUAUAAUAGAAAUGGUGCUAUUGAUUCAAAGAUUGCCAAAACUUACAAUAAAUUUAUGUAGCAAUAGUAAGACUUUAAAGUGACCGAUAGUCUGAAUACCACUUCUGGGAAUGCUGGCCAAAAUAGAAAGCAAUCGAAUGGCAGAGGUGUAGUCGCUUUAAAUCUCAGAGACCUUGGCUAAGGUGGAGAGACUAGAUAAUCAUUAGGCUAAGUUUUUAACAUUCUUGAACAGGAGAAGUUAAGAGCUCCAAAAGAAUAAGAGGAUCAAGACAUGGUGGAUGAAUCAAAUGAUAAAGAAAAUACAAAUUCACAAAAUUUAAUAAUGAAUUAAGAAGAACUAUUAGACGCUGCAGAGAGUGAAUAGAUUCUUGUUUUCAAGAAAUUCGGUGAGGAAAAGCGUCAAGUUAACUUAACUAAUGGCUAGGAAGCCUUUUUCGCAUUGCUAGCUUAAGAUUUAAUGGAGAUAGCUGACAACUAUAAAAGAGACAUAGAUGAAGUUCACAAGAUAUUCUUUGAAGUUAGUUGUGAUAGAGAAAAACUUAAGAAGGUGUUGGAUGGGUAGAAAAUUCCAGGCAGGUGGUAGAUUCUUGAGGAUUUAGCUCUUAAAGAUACUAAAACUCUAAGUUCAUAUCAGUAUGUUACUAACUCUAAAGGGGAAGAUGAAGUUUUAAAGAGAUAAAAAUUCCUUGAAUAUAGAGCUUGA